AUGGAUGCCAAACAUCGAUUUACCAAUGUCCACUGGAUCUGGGGUGGUGGGAUUUCUUUUGUUUACGAAGUUCACCCUCGGAUCGUCGUCAAAGUUCCGAAGUCUGGUGAGUUUGAAAGAAAGCAAUUCGCCAAAGAGCUUGAGAUAUAUCGCAUCUUCUCCCAGAAUUCGUCUUGUUCAUCUAUCAUACAAUGUUAUCUCAUCUCUGAUAGAGGUAUCUUCCUUGAGUAUAUGAGAGAUAUGUCUCUUUCAUCCAGGAUACAAAGAAAUCAUACUCGAAACCAGGAGACAAUGAUCGUUACAUCCGUAGAAACGUUAAAACCUCUGUACUUACGAACAACGUGGAUGAAGGAUCUCGCUUUAGCUGUUGCCUUCUUAGAGUCUCUUGGCCUGGCUCACGGUGACUUACGGCCUGAGAACAUAUUACUUGAUCGCGACCGACUGAAAAUCCCCGACUUUGAUUGUACUGCGAAGAUUGGGACAGUCUACGAAGCUUGCAUGGCUCCCUAUGGAAGACUACUCGAUGCCCAAGAAUCCGAUCAAGGACUCGGAGAAGGUGGAACGUCUGGUUUUCUUGGUCCUCGGACAGAAACAUUCGCCCUUGGCUCAUUGUACUAUUUGAUCAAUUACAGUUUCGAAGUCUAUGGAGACCGAUGCCUAGCCGAAGAUCCUCAUGAGCACGGUCCUAUGGAUGUGGAGAAGUUACAGAGUAUGGAGUUCCCGGCGUUGAAUGGGGACCCCCUUAUCGACGAUAUUGUCCACAAGUGCUGGCAUAAUGAAUAUACCACGGUCUCACAGUUAGCGAUUCAAGCGCAACUGCUCUUGAGUGAAAAAAUCAAAGUGACCGAUGCCGACGGCGAGAGAAAGAGUGAAAGGGGAGAUGCGGCAUCCGUUGCACAGCCAGGGUUCACCGAGCUAAUUAACACUAAACAAAACGAUGAAAGGCAUGGCAAAGUGGAGCACGUCACCUUGGAUGGGGAACUUAUAUCGGAAAAAGAGAUAUGUGAAGAUCUAAACGAACAAGGCCUUCUUCAAUUGCUUUCCUCAGGCGAGCCUGAGCAGAUAGGAUUCACUUUGGGGUGGUACAGGCACAGCCUUCCAAAUAGAUAA